CCUCUAGGAGAGAAUAUAAUGCAGAGAUCUGACUUGUGAUUUUGUCUUUCCUACCCAAAAGCAAAAGAGGAAAGAGAGGCCUAGCACCCGGCUUGAUGAGUCUUGGGGGUGCAGGUGUCAUCCCAGUGUGAGAUAAGAAGUGGAGCCUGAUGCAGAAAAGAGAUAGCUUUGGUGUGUGUCUAGAGGUCUGUCCUUUCUGGCAAGGUGACAGUCCAGUGGAGGGGAGGAUACUAAUUUGGGUACGUGAUAAAAGGAGGUGAGGGCCUAUGAAAUUAGGAACGUGUAACAGAACCAAGUACAGGGGUGAGUCCGUCAUACCAUUCUCUCCAAGGCUUUCUGCCGUAUGUACAUAGCAGUGCCUCCCUUAUCUUAUUUGUUUAGGGAAUAAGUCUUAUCUGUGAAGAUUCUUGUUUUCUACUUACUGUGGGGAAAUUUUUAUAAUGUGUUCUGUGCUUUGUUUGCUUUUUAAACAGUAUAGUUUCGUGUUUCUUUUAUUGACUUGAGGUUGUGGUACUGGCAUCCGUUACUGACCGUGAUGGAGCCGGGCUUCGAAGCGAUUGAGAUACGUAUGUUUGCCGUCCUCUGCUUUUUGAAUUCCUGACCCUGCCUUUAAUAGCCUGCCUCUUCUUUCACAGGGGGGAAGUCGUGCUUUUGCUGUUGUUCGUGUCCCUGCCGCCCUCUUUUACAUUAGCGGCUUCUGGUCUUCUGCGGAGUAGCAGCCCCGGUAACUCUGCUUCCCGAUGGGACAUGAAGCAGCCAGGAAUUGUGGGAGGCGCUCCUAUGAAGAAAUGGACCAGUGUGCGUAAUCAUGGAAUCUCCUUGCUAACCUGCUCUCCUUGAGAAGUGAGAGAGAGAGUGGGUCGGGGAGAAGGCAAAGAGGUCAACAUGAAGCUAAAGCAGCGAGUCGUGCUGUUAGCAAUUCUUCUUGUCAUCUUUAUCUUCACCAAAGUUUUCCUGAUUGACAACUUAGACACAUCAGCAGCAAACCGAGAGGACCAGAGGGCUUUUCACAGAAUGAUGGCUGGCUUGCGGGUAGAGCUGGUGCCCAAGCUGGACCACACCUUGCAGUCUCCCUGGGAGAUUGCAGCCCAGUGGGUGGUUCCACGGGAAGUGUACCCAGAAGAGACACCAGAGCUGGGGGCGAUCAUGCAUGCCAUGGCCACCAAGAAGAUCAUUAAAGCUGAUGUGGGUUAUAAAGGGACACAACUGAAAGCCUUACUGAUACUUGAAGGAGGACAGAAAGUCGUCUUCAAACCUAAGCGGUAUAACCGAGACUAUGUGGUAGAAGGGGAGCCGUAUGCUGGCUAUGAUAGACACAAUGCAGAGGUAGCAGCCUUUCAUUUGGACAGGAUCCUGGGUUUCCGCCGAGCGCCCUUAGUGGUUGGCAGAUUUGUUAAUCUGCGGACAGAGAUGAAGCCUGUUGCCACGGAGCAGCUGUUGAGCACCUUCCUAACCGUAGGAAAUAAUACUUGUUUCUACGGGAAGUGUUACUACUGCCGAGAAACGGAGCCAGCUUGUGCCGAUGGAGACACAAUGGAGGGGUCUGUCACGCUGUGGCUUCCGGAUGUGUGGCCUCUGCAGAAACACCGACACCCGUGGGGCAGGACUUACCGAGAGGGCAAACUGGCCAGGUGGGAGUACGACGAGAGCUACUGCGACGCCGUGAAGAAAACGUCCCCUUACGACUCCGGCCCGCGCCUCCUGGACAUCAUCGACACCGCAGUCUUCGAUUACCUGAUCGGCAACGCUGACCGGCAUCACUAUGAGAGUUUUCAAGACGACGAAGGCGCUAGCAUGCUCAUCCUUCUCGAUAAUGCCAAAAGCUUUGGGAACCCAUCACUGGAUGAGAGAAGCAUUCUUGCCCCCCUCUAUCAGUGUUGCAUCAUUCGGGUUUCUACCUGGAACAGACUGAACUACCUAAAGAAUGGUGUGCUGAAGUCUGCCUUAAAAUCCGCCAUGGCCCAUGACCCCAUCUCCCCCGUGCUGUCUGAGCCUCACCUGGACGCCGUGGACCAGCGGCUCCUGAGCGUCCUGGCCACCGUGAAGCAGUGCACUGACCAGUUUGGGGCGGACGCUGUGCUGGUGGAAGACAGGAUGCCUCUUUCCCACUUGUAAUUCGCCACACAAAAUAAGUGAAACUACUUUUUACAAAGCUAGAGAAACAGCACAAUCACUUCCAAAUGGUAUGCGAUGGAUUGGAAACGGCCAGCGGCAAGCUCUGGGUGACAGGGGACAGGGUGGCCUUGGAUUCCUUUGGUGAUUUCUGUGGGAGAAACUAAAGCAGAGACGACAGGUGGCAGACCCCAGGAGCCUUCCUACCAGACCACCCGACCCCCUCGGCAUCUGCGCACCCCCGCGGUGGGCCUCCUGCUUGGUCCGUCCUAACUCACGUGCCAAAGGGUGGAUCGAGGUGCGGCGCCUGGAUGGGUUAAUGCUGGGGUUGGUUCUGGAGCGUGUAGUUCAUCUUCUAAUCCUUUCUCCACACCUGUCGGUUUUCUGAGAACACUUUGUAAUCUCUUGAGUCCUUUUGUAACCGGGACUAGUCCAGUUGGGAGUUUUCCUGCCUCCUGAGGAGUAGCAGCCAGUAAGACCUGGCGUUCUGUUGAGCCCAAAUAGCAUGCUCUCCUGGGAGGAAUAUGUUUUUAGGAUAGAAUUCGUGGGAAAGACAAAGGCGGGAAAGACGCUCGGGCUCCUUCCUAAGUGAUUGGGUGGUAGUGUUCUUCGGGAUAGUUUAGAGGAGGGAAGAAGGGGCAGAACCGGAAUCGGAGAAGCCCCCCUGGCAGGUGCGUAAACGCAGACGUGACUCGAACCUCAGCGAGACCCGCAUUCCCACAGUGGUGUCCCAGUUAACCCGGAAGUUGUCCAAGUGUGAUUCUCUCACGGAGACUUUCUUUUUCCCUUUUGCCCCAAGCAGGCACAUCUUUUCUAAAUUAACAAAGCGAAUUGAGGUGAUACCUUGAAUAAGAGUGAAGUUGCCUGUGAUCUCUGCCAUCCUGAUUUCUUUUCGGAAAUGAAUUUCCACCUCAGCCUUUAAGGCAUUUGGUCACCGAAGCCUCUGUUCCCAAGAGAAUGGCAAUGCUGUUUGUGCCUUUCUCGUGAGAACAACCAGCUUGCUCCCGGAGCGGACGGUGCUCGUCCUGCUGGCGGCUGGACCUGUCCUGUGACUUGGGCCUUGCAGAAGAUUGGGAACAAAACUUUUAAGCAUUCUGAGCCUUAAAAUUAAGGAGGUCACCAGGAAGGGCCUUAAGAUUUUGAUUUAUAUCAAGCCCUAACGUCCUCAUUUCAUUUCAUCGGGCGUUCUGAACCGGUGGUGUAGGAUCGUUUCCCCGUGUCCUCUCACUGCCCACGACCCGGGCUCAGUGCGGUCUGUGUUCCCGCAGAGCGACUCGGACCCGUAAGCAGUUGCGGUAAAGCACAGGGCCCCAGGGGGACAGGCUCGGUGCGCCCGCCCACCGGGGGACCCAUCUCUCCUGCCUCUUGUCCGGGUGCCGGUCCAGCUUCUCACUUCUGUCAAGCAGAGACUGGUACUUAAAGCGUGUGGGCGAGCCGAUUUAAUGCCAGCCAUCAGAGACCGGUGUCAGGCAGCCACCCUUUCGAAAACAGCCUAGACUGUAUGCCCUGAUUUUCUCGCAUUGAAAGGCCGCUAAGUAACCUGUCACCACUUAACAAUAGCAUGAGGUCAGGAUGCUUUUGUGCUUUGUAUGUACGUUUCGAGACAUACACAAGAAUGGGUUGGGCUCCUUGAAAAAGGAAUUUAAGAAGACAGGUAUUAGCACAAAACACUGAAGUCGGGUCAACAAAAGGAGGCCUUAGAUUCCGAUUUUUAAGGCCAUUUACAGUGUGUAUCAAGUGAAAUUCACACGCCGCCCGCGUGGGUGAAUGUUAGUUGAACUAAAUGACGGAUCGGUGCUCCUGCAGACACGUGGCACCGGGAGUGUGUCCCAGUGGGAUGGGCGAGAAUUGGUCUCGAACUGGGAACUUCAUUCACGAUGUUGAGGGUAGAAGAUACCGCUAAGGCAAAAAGCAGGAGGGAGAGCUGCUUUGAAAAUGUCACAUCCUUUUUUUCAAAACAUUGCAGAAAUGUUUAAUUUCAUUCUCUUUUCUACUGUUUUAAACUUCAUGAUCUUAAGAGGUGUUCAGAUCUAUCGUGGUUGAAGUCAUAUGCUAAUAGGGUGGUCGUGACAAGACUCUUAGAACAGAUUCAUGUUCUAAUCAGGAUUGGAUUAAGCUAGGAAAGCAUGUUUAGGCACAUCUUGGAAAAACCAAGCAUAGGCUUGUAGCCCUAAAAUUCAGAAAAACUAAAUUCUCUUUGAAAUGGAGGUAGAUAUCUUUUUAAGUUCUGUGACCCUGUUCUCUUUGUGGUUUAUUUAGCGCUAUUAUACUCAGACAAGUUGCUGGAAGCGUUCUCGGACAGCCCGAGGUUGAGCGUGCCUGGGGGAACGUGUAAAGGUAGACACGGGUACGUUUUAAUAUUGUCAGACGAGGAGAAUCAGGACUGCCUGCCAUUUCCUUACCUCCUCCCACUUCCUAAAUACGUUUCUUCCAGAGUUUGGGGAAAUAUGGGUAUGGAAGUUACAUUCUAAAUUAUUCUUUAAUAUGAGGUUAUGUUGUGGGUUCGGAUGUAAAUAAUUGUGCAAAACAAAUUAAUAGGAUCUGAUUUGCUCAGAGUUUUGUUCAAUAAUAUAUUAAUAAGGCAUUUCUCCCUGUUGCACUGAGGACUGAUGUGUCAAAUGAAAUGUAAGGAGGAAAUGGAAGAAUCCAGGUACAUCCAUUGCAUAUUAUUUUAGAAAAGAUGAAUCCUGUGUACGUGGCAAUUUUCCAGUGUCACCUGAACAACGAAUUCUCCCAAGGAAAUUCAUCUUUUCUUUUUCUUAAAAGAAAGGAAAAAAAAGAAAAGACUUCCGGCUUUCCCUUCCCAUCCACCAUAUCCUCCAGCUUCCAUUCUCAGUGGUCCCUGUAUUCUUGUUUGACCAGUGACAGGAAAACAGCAUCUGUCAGGGAGCUGUCUGGUAAGAGUUACCUUAUGAGCUGGAGCUUCAGGAAACAUGAGUAAAGGCGUACGUUUGUAUAUAAUCGUAGAUGUAGUGUAGCAAGAAAAAAAUGUAUUUAUUUUGACACAGGGAAGCACUGACUUAUGUUGCUGAAGAACUUGAAGCUAGUGAAAGGUUCUCUUCUCAGUCUCUGAGAGCGGACCCCAAGUGACAAAGACCAUUCACUGAGCAGGCGCCCGCUGAGCCGCUCCGUUGAGCCAGCCGUGGCUAGGCACACGAGCGAGCCACACAGACCUGACUUCGUGAAACCUAUUGUCCGGGGAAGGCCAGGUUUUCUCCCUUCGAUUCCUCAAGUCUGGGUUGCAAAGGCAGGGGCCGGGGACUCUACUGCCACAGGUUUCUAAGGAACCAAGGUGUUACAAGUACACAAUGAUUGCGGUGGGGGGUGGGGAACUGGGAAUAACUUACUGGGAAGCUAAUUUAUUUGCUUAAGAGGAGGUGUGGGAACCAGUACCCUCCGUUUUGAUCUGCCAAGGAUUUCCUCUCAGAGCUGUUGCACAAAUAGAGGUGGGGCUUGGGAAGACACCAAACAAGACAGAUAUGCACCUAAAUUUCUAAUGUGUUCUAUGGGUUUCAAUUCUGAAGAAAAAAUAAAUAAAGAUUUUAUUAAGUAUUGAUGUA